AUGGCCGACCCCCGUGUUGAAGAGCUCCCCGACGAGGAGGUUCCCAAGACCAACGUUGAGGAUGCCGGCAGCUCCUCCGAGUCUGAGGCUGGCGAUGAGCCCACCAUCCCCGGUGGUGCCGCUGUCACCAUCCACUCUCGCAACGAGAAGAAGGCUCGCAAGGCCAUUGGCAAGCUCGGCCUGAAGCACGUUCCCGGCAUCACUCGUGUCACUCUCCGUCGUCCCAAGAACAUCCUUUUCGUCAUCAACCAGCCCGAUGUCUACCGCUCCCCCUCCAGCAACACCUGGAUCAUCUUCGGUGAGGCCAAGAUCGAGGACCUGAACGCCACCGCUCAGGCUACCGCUGCCCAGCAGCUUGCUGAGGCUGCUGCCAACGAGCACGCUGGUCACGACCACGAGCACGACCACGGCAAGGGCAAGGCCCCCGAGGCUGAGGCCAAGAAGGAGGAGGAAGAGGAUGAUGGCGAGGAGGUCGAUGAGUCUGGUCUUGAGGCUAAGGACAUCGAACUGGUUAUGGCCCAGGCUAAUGUGUCCCGCAAGAAGGCCGUCAAGGCUCUCCGGGAGAACGACAACGAUAUCGUCAACUCCAUCAUGGCUCUCAGCAUAUGA